AUGACGCUAAAGGCUAGGAUGGAGAUUCAUGAUCGGAUUGGCCUAGUGACUUACAGGGUAGCCCUACCAUCAGCACUCUCAGGGGUACAUGAUGUAUUUCAUGUAUCUAUGAUGAGGAAAUAUAUACCCGACCCCACCCACGUUAUCGACUAUGAGCCUCUUCAAAUUCAGGAAAAUCUAACUUAUAUAGAAGAGCCAGUGGGGAUUGUAGAAAGAAAAGACCAAGUGCUAUGGAAUCAGACUAUUCCAUUAGUUAAAGUGGUAUGGAAUAAUCAUGCUAUCAGUGAAGCCUCUUGGGAAUUAGAAGAUGAAAUGCGAGUCAAGUACCCACAAUUGUUUGAUGGAGACCUUUAUGGCUUGUGA